ACUGCCUGCCUUCGUCUCCCAGCUUGCCACUUGCUGACAGGCGUCGUCGGUGUGAAGAGGCUGGACUCGGGAGUCCUCGCUUGAGCCUUCUACCUGAGAAGUUCAACGUACUUGUUUAACUUCUGUCACAUAAACCAUAAUUUUGCAGCACAUAUAUAAGAGAUGGCUGCCAUCCGAAAGAAACUUGUGAUUGUUGGUGAUGGAGCUUGUGGCAAGACAUGCUUGCUCAUAGUCUUAAGCAAGGACCAGUUCCCAGAGGUUUAUGUGCCCACUGUGUUAGAGAACUAUGUGGCAGAUAUUGAAGUGGAUGGAAAGCAGGUAAAAUUGGCUUUGUGGGACACAGCUGGGCAGGAAGGUUAUGAUCGCCUGAGACCCCUCUCCGACCCAGACACUGAUGUUAUACUGAUGUGUUUCUCCUUUAGCAGUCCUGAUAGUUUAGAAAACAUCCCAGAAAAAUGGAUUCCAGAAGUUAAGCAUUUCUGUCCAAACGUGCCCAUCAUCCUGGUUGGAAAUAAGAAGGAUCUUCGGAAUGAUGAGCACACAAGGCGGGAGUUAGCUAAGAUGAAGCAGGAGCCAGUAAAACCUGAAGAAGAAAAAGAUAUGGCCAAUAGGAUUGGUGCUUUUGGGUACAUGGAGUGUUCAGCAAAGACCAAAGACGGAGUGAGAGAGGUUUUUGAAAUGGCCACAGGAGCCGCUCUGCAAGCCAGACGUGGGAAGAAAAAAUCUGGGUGCCUGUCUUGUGAAACCUUGCUGCAAGCACAACCCUCACGCGGUUAAUUUUGAAGUGCUGUUUAUUAAUCUUAGUGUAUGAUUACUGGCCUGUUUCAUUUAUCUAUAAUUUACCUAAGAUUACAAAUCAGAAGUCAUCUUGCUACCAGUAUUUAGAAGCCAACCAUGAUUAUUAAUGAUGUCCAGCCCAUCUGACACUGCUCUAACAGCGCUCUCUGCACUCCACCUGACACACCAGGCGCUAAUUCAAGGAAUUUCUUCUUGCUUCUUUCUAGAAAGAGAAAUGGUAACUUUUGUGAAUUAGGCUGUAACUACUUUAUAACUAACAUGUCCUGCCUAUUAUCUCUCAGCUGCCAGGAACUCUGGUGAGUCUCCCUUUGAGAGCUUUUAUUCCUUAAUAGAUUUCAUUGGCACAGCUCUGGGUGGACAUCUAGGUUUUUCUUGAAAAUGUACUCAAGCCAGAGAGGCAAGUCCAUGGCAGCUGUGGCAGUUACAGUUCUGUGGGUUCAUGUUAGUUACCUUAUACUUACUGUGUAAUUAGUGCCACUUAAUGUAUGUUACCAAAAAUAAAUAUAUCUAUCCGAGACUAGAUGUAGUAUUUUUUGUAUAAUUGGAUUUCCUAAUACUGAUAGUUGUCAUUCCCA